CCAGUGGCCUCUGUGCUAACGUAAACAGAGCUUAUACAGAGAUAAUGACAUUCACAAUGCAGAACUUUUGUACUGAUGGAGAUAUGGAGAUUUCCACACUAGAGUUUAACAAUAAAGUGGGGGUGGGGGUGGGGGCAGCACUCCAAUGACUGGAGCUGAGCCCUUUGUAAACCAGCCCCUGGAUGUGCUCACAUCAUGAGAAAAUGUUCAGAUUUUUAUUUCUUAAGAAAACUUCAAAACUAAAUAAAAUUGUCCCCUUAAUUUAUCAUGUUAAAAGGGCAGGAAACUGUUAUGUAUAGACUAUAGGACAUUACUACAUGAUGGCAAGUUAUGACUGUUCGAAGACUAUAAGCUGUCUGAAUAAAUGAGCUUUUUUUCCCCCAAUCAAAAUAGUGUGGCUUAUCUAAAAAAAACUUACGAUGAAAUAAAUAUGGGGUUAUUGUGGGAGGGGCUGGCUUUUGGACCAUGGAAAAGAUUUGACUAGACAAAGUGUUGCAUUUCUGUACAACAGUGGUGCAUGAAUGACAGACCAAAAAUACUGCCUUAAAGGUGACCUUGUAAGGAUAAGAAAAUGACUAUGUACUGCUGGAUCUUUGUGUGCUUAUAACAGAUUUGAAUUCGGAUUUCCUGUUGUUAGAAAUUUUAUAAAAUGGAUGCCUUAGUCUUAAUUUUUCCAAAGAGAUGGUGCAUAUAUGUGAGGGUAAGUACCUGCAUAGGGAAGAGCAUGUGAGAGCUGGGUAUUUUCCUCAGGAGCAGAGAAGGGUUGAUACCGGAAUUCCACAGCUGUAAUAGAUGCUUCUUUGUUUACUAUUUAGACUUCUUACAUUCUUAGAGUUUAUUCCAAGUUUUCUUCCAAUUUUGCAGCUUCUUUUUUUCAGUCCCAAAGAAGAGGGUAGUCUUAUAUACUGCAUUCCAUUAAAACUUGCUGCAAUAACAAAAUACAUAUAUAUAUUGUCCAGGAUGCAAUAGCUUUCGGUUUAACAUUUGAAAAUAUGAAGUGUUGCCUACUGUGCAUUGUGCUUUGAUGAAGUGAAAGUAAGAACCGGUCCUGUUGUAUGUACUGACAAGAGGAGGUUUAAUCCAACUUGCCUGCAGUUAGCUUUUGACUUACUAGUGUAAAACAUAUGUCUGCUCUAAUUCCAGUAGGAAACUGCAACACUUUCUUAGUUAUCACAGGGUAUAGGCCUCUCAUUUAACAGUAAUUACUACAAAUGUUUGUAUGUAGGAUUUCCAGUGAGAACAUUCAAAUGGAUCUUUUCAGCUGGCGUUCUAGGAUCCUCGAGGUUCUUGAUCUCCAGAAAGAUCCAGUGAAUUUAUGGCUUCUUUAGAUGCUGGCAUUGCAGCAUAUAUGCCUUGUGCAAAAUUAUUACUCUAGAUUAUGUCACUUGAAGAAUUAGAUAUGUUGCUUAUGGCUAUGAAGAGAACACAGGCUGCCUGGGAUAAUGCAUCAGUUCAUACCGGUUGCAAGCUGAGAUAAGUCAUUCUUCAGGGUCUGUUAGGAACAACUAGCUCACAGCUGCUCCUGAAAGCAUCAGGUUUUGAAACAAUCUAAGAAAUGGUUGUUUGACUCUUCUGUAAUCUCAGUCUGGUAUGGAUCUGUAUUAUAACAGAAUAAACCAGAGCUUUAAGUAUUAGUACCUGAUGUCAGAAUGUGUUAGCAUUUUGAAGAAUUUGGAAAUUCAGGCAGAAGAUCAUGGACCUCUGUAGGCAAUGCUGCUUAACUUGUCAUAGAUUCUGCUGUUGCUGCCUUAGACUUUUUUUGUGUCUUUGUGCAUGUUCCAGUGUUUCUAAAGGAGUGUCAUUUCCACUUAAGGUAGAGUUGCACAUCUUUUUCCUAAGCAGCCUUUCGGUAGUUCAGCACAGCCUGCUGUAAGCCAGAUAGAACUGUUGGUGUGCUUCUGCGAUCAGUUGGAUUGGUGUCUGAUCUUGUUGGGAAAUUAUUUUUCAGAUUGGGCAGCCCUACAAUCUGGGUCAGUGCCUAAACGUUUCUUCCAGAAGAGCAAAGGAGUUGUUCCUUCAAACAAGUGGUGAGGGAGGGAGAAAAGAGGGAGCACUUAACUGCUUAAGUAGUACAGUGUCAGAUGUCUACUACAGCCUUACUCAUCUGAGGCACAGAGAAGCGAUAGUGGUUACGGUAAAGAGUGCUUCAGUGGUUAUGACAGUGGGAACCAAAUUCUUUUUGUCACUUCCUUUUGGGAACUUAAACAGAGAUGCCAGAUGAAGCCUGUUGAAGGCCUUUCUUAAACCUUUCCAUGUCUAAAUGGACUCCUGAAUGUAAUAUAGUUUAUACUCUAAAAGCGGAUAUGAAGAGUGAAGUUCCUUCUGAUGCACCAAAGAGACAGGAGAGUCUGAAGGGGAUCCUCUUGAACCCUGAGCCUAUUGGGGCAGCCAAAAGCUUCACUGCAGAAGUUGAGAUGAUUGCCAGUAAAGUAGGGAAUGAGUUCUCUCACUUAUGUGGUGAUUCUCAGAAGCAAAAGGACAUGAAUGGCAACCGUACAGACCAAGACAAAAGUAUUGUGGUGCGAAAAAAACGCAAGAGCCAGCAGGCUGGUCCUUCAUAUACUCAAAAUUGUCCUGAUAAAGAAAAUCAAGGAAUCUUAGGAUUAAGACAGCAUCUAGAAACACAGAGUGAAGACAAUGAUUCUUCUUUUAGUGACUGUAUCUCUUCACCUUCAUCUAGCUUACAUUUUGGAGACUCUGACACAGUAACAUCUGAUGAAGAAAAAGAUGCUCCUGUAAGACACCCUCAGGCAGUGUUGAAUACUACAAGUAGAACUCAUAGUGCAAGGUCACAGAAGUGGCCACGGACUGAGGCAGACUCUGUACCUGGGUUACUAAUGAAAAGGCCCUGUUUUCACAGCAGUUCUUUAAGAAGGCUUCCAUAUAGGAAGAGAUUUGUGAAAACAAGUUCAUCACAGCGGACACAGAACCAAAAAGAACGAAUUUUAAUGCAGAGGAAAAAGCGGGAAGUAUUAGCUCGAAGGAAGUAUGCUUUACUACCCAGCUCUAGCAGUUCCAGUGAGAACGAUCUCAGUAGUGAAUCCUCUUCCAGUUCUUCUACUGAAGGGGAGGAAGACUUAUUUGUGUCACCUAGUGAAAACCACCAGAAUAGUACAGCUGUUCCUUCAGGAGGUAUCGAUGAAGAUGUUGUGGUGAUUGAAGCAUCCUCCACUCCCCAGGUCACUGCUAAUGAAGAAAUAAAUGUUACCUCAACAGACAGUGAAGUGGAGAUUGUCACAGUUGGUGAAAGCUACAGGUCUCGUUCAACACUUGGGCACACAAGAUCACACUGGGGACAAAGUUCUAGUUCUCAUGCUGCGCGACCUCAAGAACAGCGGAACCGCAGCAGGAUUUCCACGGUCAUACAGCCCCUGAGACAGAAUGCUGCAGAAGUAGUGGACCUUACAGUGGAUGAAGAUGAGCCAACAGUUGUGCCAACCACAUCAGCUAGAGUGGAGCCGCAGGUUGUGAGUUCUGCUUCCAGUAACAGUUCUAGUACGUCUACCUCAGAGCAGGCCUCUGAUGCAGCUCCGAACGUCUCCAACGGCCAGCCCUCUGCAGCACCAGAGACGACUUCUAGUCUUCCCAGUGGCGGCACUGCUGGUCCUUCAGCUGGAGAUGAUGUAAGAAGAACUGCAUCUAAUACAACACUGGAAACUGGCCCUCCGGCCAUGCCAAGGUUACCGUCGUGCUGCCCUCAGCAUUCUCCUUGUGGAGGACCUUCACAGACUCAUCAUGCAUUGGGGCACCCGCAUACAAGCUGCUUUCAGCAGCAUGGCCACCACUUUCAACAUCACCACCACCACCACCACAACCCUCACCCAGCUGUUCCGCUGUCUCCUUCAUUCAGUGACUCCAGCUGCCCUGUUGAGAGGCCUCCUCCAGUGCCGGCACCUUGUGGAGCAAGCAGCAGUUCUGGCACCAGUUACCAUGACCAGCAGGCAUUGCCGGUAGACUUAAGCAGCAGUGGUAUAAGAAGUCAUGGAAGUGGUGCUUUUCAUGGAACAUCUGCUUUUGACCCCUGCUGUCCUGGUUCUUCAUCUCGAACUGCAAUUUAUGGGCAUCAGGCUGGUGCUGGCCCAAGCCAGUCCAUAACAAUAGAUGGGUAUGGAUCAAGUAUGGUUGCACAGCCACAGCCCCAGCCUCCUCCUCAGGCAUCGCUCUCUUCCUGUCGGCAUUAUAUGCAUUCUCCUUAUGCUUCUUUGACCAGACCUCUCCAUCAUCAAGCUUCUGCAUGUCCUCACUCUCAUGGAAAUCCUCCUCCACAGCCACAGCCUCCACCUCAAGUAGAUUAUGUUAUCCCUCAUCCAGUGCAUCCCUUCCAUCCUUCAAUCUCCUCUCAUGCAUCUUCUCAUCCUGUGCCACCUCCACCUCCACCACCAACUCAUCCUUUAGCCAAUGCAGCUGCUCCAAUACCACAGCAUCUUCCUGCAACACACCAGCCUAUAUCCCAUCACAUCCCUGCAACAGCACCUCCAGCACAGAGGCUACAUCCUCAUGAAGUGAUCCAGAGGAUGGAGGUCCAGAGAAGAAGAAUGAUGCAACACCCAACACGUGCUCAUGAGAGGCCUCCUCCGCACCCUCACAGAAUGCAUCCCAAUUAUGGUCAUGGGCAUCACAUUCAUGUGCCUCAGACAAUGUCUUCCCAUCCUCGACAAGCCCCAGAGAGAUCUGCCUGGGAACUGGGAAUUGAAGCUGGUGUGACUGCAGCUACUUACCCUCCAGGGCCCUUGCAUCCUCACUUGGCCCACUACCAUGCACCUCCUCGACUUCAUCACUUGCAAAUAGGAGCUCUUCCUCUAAUGGUACCAGACAUGGCGGGCUACCCUCACAUCCGUUACAUUUCAUCGGGAUUGGAUGGAACAUCAUUCAGAGGCCCUUUCAGGGGCAAUUUUGAGGAGCUGAUUCACUUGGAGGAACGAUUAGGCAAUGUUAAUCGUGGAGCAACACAGGGAACUAUAGAAAGAUGCACAUAUCCACAUAAAUACAAAAAGGUAACAACUGAUUGGUUCUCACAGAGGAAACUGCACUGCAAACAAGAUGGGGAGGAAGGAACAGAAGAAGACACAGAGGAAAAGUGUACCAUCUGUUUGUCUAUAUUGGAGGAAGGUGAAGAUGUCAGGCGCCUUCCAUGUAUGCACCUUUUCCACCAGGUAUGUGUAGAUCAGUGGUUGAUUACUAACAAGAAGUGCCCCAUUUGCAGAGUGGACAUUGAGGCUCAACUGCCUAGUGAAAGUUGACACCGCUUUCCAAAACUCUUGUCCUCCCUCUCGCUCCCUCUCGUCCUUCCUGGUACUGCAGUCAACCAAAGAUGGCAUGACUUACCUGCGCAGAUUUGGAAGCAUUGAACCUAGAGUGCUGGCUCUGCUAUAUGGUACAACUAAUGCUAGACCUACAGUUUAUGUAGAAGACAGUUGAGUUUCAGUGUAUUUAUAAAACUUUUUUUUUUUUAGGUUUUACAUUUUUUCUUUUAAUUCAUUACUGUAUUUUUGCAUGGUUCCUUGUAUUGCAUUUGUUUGCACAUAUUAUGGGCUUUGUGACCCCAAACUUGCAGGCAAGAUUAGCUGCUUUAGUAAGUAGAAUUGUGUGGUCUUUUUUUUUUUUUUCUUUUUUUUUUUUGUUUGUUUGUUUUACGUAGUAUCAAGCUUUGAAAGUAUGAUUUCACUCAUUACUAACCUCGGAUUCCUUAAUUUAAUCGAUCAUAUAUUUUUAGUUUAAAUGUAUAAAGAUCAUCUAGAAAAGGAUAAUAUUAUGUAUUGAGACAUUCCUUAAUUAGGAAAAAAUGGCUGCUGUAUAUUUACAAUAUCAGUUCUGAGUCAAAUAACAUCCUUAAUACUGGGAACAGAAUAUGAACUAUAUUCAGUUUGACCGAUACGUAUAGCAUACUCAUCACCAGAGUUUUUGUCUGAUAGGAUUUUUGUGUUCAUUUUUAAAAUUUCAGCACAAUGCAGAUAUAUUUGAAUGUCAAUAUUAAAACAUUUAGACUGCUGUUCAGAUUGUAUUUAUCAUUUUCUUCCUAUGUCUAGAAAUUUGAAUCCCUAACUUAAAUAUUUUGCUGCUGUGAAACAGCUCUAGUGAACACUAAAUGUUGAUUUCAGUUAGCUGGAUUUUAGAUACUUGCAGAUUGAAAGAAUUAUUAGGGAAAUGGAGAAAGAGCUUAGAAUCUGUUUGGUCUUCUGCUAACUUAAGUUGAAAUAUCUGCGCACAUUGAAGGGUUUUGGGGGGGUUGGGGUUUUUUUUUGUUUGGCUUUUUUUUUUUUUUUAAUAUAAAACCAUUCAAUAAGGACUUAGAGCUGCAGGGGUUUUGUUUUUUUCUGUUUUUUUGGUGGGGUUGGGGUUUUUUUUGGCAGGUAUACAUGCAUUCAUAGAACUUUUAAGGAUUCCAGGCUUGUCUUGGGAUUUUUAUUAGUUUUAAAGUUAAUAAAGUUAGCUAAAUCCACUUGUCUCUUGUUUUAUUUUUCAUUAGUAAAUUGAAAGCCUGUAAAUUUCUGUAGAAACUAGACACAAAUUAUGUGGUUACCUAGUUUUUGCCUUGAUCAUAGAUACCCUCUUUAUAAAUUACCAACAGUCCAUCACUGAUUGAAAUAUUUUCUAUAGUUAAGAUUUGCUGCAUAAUAUAGUAUAUAGAAUUAAGUUAUAAUGUACUAACAUUUCGCCUUUGGAGGAGGUUUUAAUCCACAUCAGGAUUCAAGUUGCUCAUCAACAUUCUUUCACAUAUAGAAUAGUUUAUAGUUUAUUUAUAUGUGCUCAACAUUGCAAAAUGCAAAUGUGCAAAAACAUUGAGACAGUAUUACUGUCGCUUUGGAAAAGAUGUUCCUCGGGGAUCAUAUACAAACAUGUCAAUAAGCUUGCAUUAAGCCACCUGCUUUGUAAGUGGAUUGAAUAAUAAAUACCUUCAGUUUCUCUUGUCUUUGUCUUUCAUAUUCAGAUUAAGUGUAAAAUGGUUUACAGUAAACCUAGAAGAUUAACUGUUAUGUUUACACAAAAAAAGUGACCCAUUUAUAAAUAUUACCUUAUCUAAUUUGAUGCCUGUUUUUGUCUGGUUAAAGCUGCUUCCUUUUUUUUUUCUUUUUUUUUUUUUUUCCCCCUAAUCUGUUAGGAGUAGCAUUUGCCAGUGCAGUGUCUAUUGCUGGCAGCAAAUUUAACACCUCUGGCACUGAGGGUUUAAGUGGAGAGAGGUUUUAUUCCAGCAUGUGUGAUAAAUGGACGUUGUCAAGCUUAAUUGCAUUGCUUAAAACUGAACUGAAAACCACUUUGUGCUUGUACGAUGGGGGAUAUGGGAGAGAAGCAACAUGUGAUUUGACUGCUUCAAAACCUGACAUGGUUUUAUGGUAAAGCUUCUUGAACAUUUGGCUGUAGGAAACUUAAAAGUGAGUAUGAAGUUGAAGCUGCAUUGGUAAAAAUGAAUAAACAUAACUGGAAGGACUGAACAGACACUUUGUGUUUGUCAGUGACUGUUGAAAAGGAGGGAUGUUAGUUGACCAUUGAUGCUUGAAGUCUGAUGAUACUCACUUGCAAAAGUUUCCAAGAAGGUACUUGAGAGUUAUGGGACAAAAGAAACCCCGAAACAAAACAAACAAAAAAACAACCAACAAAUGGGGCCUCUGAAAUAAUUGAGACCCUGGGUAUGUGGUAGAAUCUAUUUUGACUUUCUUACAGGACAAAGAAGCACAGGUUUGGGGGAACUAUUUAUUAUUUUUUUUUAAUUUUACCUUUUUAGGAAAUCUUGUAUGCACCUGAUUUGGGUGCCUGGUACUAGAGGUAUUUUAGUGGUCCAUGGAUUGACUUGUUUUAUAACUGCUACUGAUAUUGUCUUGCUUUUAAAUGUAUGCAUAUCAUUGUAAUGUGAUGUUGAACACUUACGUAUUUUCCAGGAAUCGCAGUGUUCUGAUCUUACGUGCUAUUGCAGGGGCUAAUAAAGCUGCAGCCUACUUCUGUUCCAGAAAGUUGUGGCUUAACCAUAAUUUAAGGGAAGGAAAAAGAAUAGGCUUUUGAUUUGGAGAAUUUCCACCACUUACUGUGCUUUAUAUGCUUAGAUGCAUUGCCUUAAGUUUUCUGCGGCAUCUUUGACUUUGAAGAUUCUCAACAGUAUGCAUCAAAUUACUUUUCAUAUAAAAUUCCAUUGUCAAGAAAUCCUUUUGUAUGCAAUAAAUAAAACGUUAGACUGGUA